UUAAUUUUCAAUGACUGAUAGCCCGAUAUGUUUUGUUUACAGAUUGAUGCCGAUUAUUUAUCAAAUAAUUCGUUUUUAAUAUAUUAUAAUUGAAAUUAAAAUAUAAAAUUUGAAGAGCUCUAUCGAAGAUCCUAAUUAUGGAUUUACCACAGCCUCCCCAAGACACUGAAUUAAAGAAUAUAAUCGACAAAUUGGCUCAAUUUGUCGCUCGAAAUGGACCAGAAUUUGAACAGAUGACAAAAAACAAACAAAAAGGAAAUUCUAAAUUUCAAUUUCUCUUCGGUGGCGAAUAUUACAACUAUUACCAAUAUAAAGUCAUAACUGAACAAGCCAUAUACAAGCAACAGCAAGCCUCUGGUGAUACUAAUGGUAAUAACUGGAAUGCUUCUGUGCUUAACGGAUCAGAAAUAGAAACAUUGAAGCAACAGCAGGAGUCUCUGAGAGAACAAAUCAAACAAAGUGAACAGAAUUUGUCAGCUCAACAUGCGGUUCUGUUACAACAACAGCAAGCACAAGUUGAGUUAGCAGUUUCUAAAGCUGAGACUGAUUCCCUUCAAGUAGAAGCUGAAAAUUGUAAUAUAUUUUUGGAAGAUAUUUAUAAUUUUCUUCAACCUAUCAUUGAUAACUGUACUAAGGAUAGUAUUAGUAAUGGGAAAAGUUGGAUUCUGCAACAUGCAACCAAUAAAGAAAGAGCUUUUUGCAUUUUACACUGUUUGUUAAAUAAAGUUAUUCAAGGAUCUACAUUCCAACAAAAACUUCAUGUAAUAUAUUUGGUCAAUGAUAUUAUGCAUCAUUGUGCAAGGAAAAGCUCUGCCGAUCUGAGAGCUGCUUUGGAAGAUACUGUGGUUCCAAUGUUCUGCAACGCCAAUGUUGGCGCCACAGAAGAACAAAAAGUUAAAUUAGAUAAAUUGCUGAAAUUAUGGGAGACUAAAUUGAAUUUUCUCAAUAAAAACCUGAUAGAACAAAUGAAAAGUCCGGUUAUCACAUACCAGGAAUACCAAGCAAGUAAAAUGGCAAAAUACUCAGAUGAAAUCAGUGCACUCGCUCAGCAAACCAAAACAACAUUCGAUAAUUACCAGACUCAACAUCAAGCUUAUGUUUGUCACGCUAUGCAACAGAUUAUGGACCUGCAGCAACAGAAGCAGACCCUAGAACAGCAGCAACAGCAAAGUUUGCAGUCAGCUCCUAUUCCUCAGCAGCAACAGACCUCGAACAACCUGAUACCCCUAGACAACAUACAGCAGUCCAUCCAGCAGCAAGUAAACGCCCAGUCCCACCCACAAGACAACAUAUCCGAGUACUCCAACCCCCCCUCCAGCGCCCCUCCUCCCCCUGCUACCCCCGACAACUACCUACCUACGAUUAGCCCCGCCUACCCUCCUCCGAAUCUCCUCCCGCAGCCCGCCUCCGGCAUGGACCACCAAUUCUCGCAGCCGCCCCCUGGUUUUUUCCCGCCGCCAGCGGUCUUCCCCGACUUCUCCAAGCCGCCGCCCGGGUUCCCGCCCAAACCGGAGCCGAUGGAGGAACUGGUGCCCACCUUCGCCUACUACGACCUGCCCGCUGGACUGAUAGUGCCCCUGAUCAAGUUGGAAGACACUUCGUAUAAACCGUUAGAUCCAAAAGAUAUUAGGUUACCGCCUCCGGCACCACCAAACGAUCGACUAAUAGCAGCGUUGGAGGCUUUCUACGCUCCGCCCACUCACGAGAGACCAAGAGACAGCGAAGGGUGGGAGAAGCUAGGUUUGUAUGAGUACUACAAGGCCAAAAACAACGCGAAGAAGGAAAAAGAGGAGAUGAUCGCCAACGGCCUGAGGGAGAAGUCCAGGUCUCCGAGUCCAGUCGUGAUCCCUGCAAUGAAGGAACCCUCCCCGCCCAAAAGGAGGUACACGAGCAAGUCUCCCUCACCCCCGCCAACUAACUUUACCCCUCAUCGUAACCAGAAGAAAUCGCGGUCCAGAUCCAGGUCUAGGUCGAGGUCCAGGAGUCCUAAACGUAGAAGGAGGUCGGGUAGGAGUGGCCGAAGGAGGAGCGUGUCAAGGUCACCCUCGAGGUCGCCGGUUAGGAGAUCGCCCACUCCUCCACAUGUCCAUGGCUUCGUCGGCUCCAGCUACAUGAGAAACGAUGACCAAGAGUUGGACCAGUCGAACAAAGGCCAUCAGAUGCUGAAGAAAAUGGGAUGGGGUGGUAGCGGUCUCGGGGCCAACGAGCAAGGAAUCGACGCCCCAAUCUCAGGGGGGGACGUUCGAGACAAACAGGACCAAUUCAAAGGUGUCGGUUGCAAUCUGAACGAUCCCUACGAGAACUUUAGGAAAAACAAGGGAGCCGCUUUCAUCACUAGAAUGAAGGCCAGGGCUGAAGAAAGGGCCAAUGAGAACAAGUUUGUGGAUUAUUAAGUUUGUUUGUUUCGUUCGGAACUGUUUUUAAGUUUAAUCUUCGGUAGAGUAAAGUGAAGACUAAAAAAUCAUGUUCGUUUCGAUGUAAAAUGAGAUUGUUACGAAGAAUAGUUAUCAUUUUGUCAGCUGGUUUUUGUUUGAAUCGAUCAGAGGACUAGGAGUUUAACUAUGCAUAUUUCUUUCUUAAAAUACGACUACAUAUUUCAUGGUUCCAUUUUGUGAGAAGAUAAUCACUUAUUCCAUUGUAUAUAAACUAACAUUGGUUCAUGUAUAUUUGUAAUUAAAUGUUUCCAAAUAUAGCAGUUUAAGUAAAAAA